GUUUAAAGUACCCACUUGAACCGCAAAUCUGAUAAAUACUUCUGAUGCUUAUAUACCUACUUUACAAUUAUUUUAAAAUUUCAAUCGAAGGUAAGUUAAUUAGAUUUCGAACGCAUUUGUGUUUCCACAAGCAACUUUUUUCUCCUUACUUAAACCAGACGAUGCAAAAAAUCGAAUAAAUUUUUCAAAAGAAAAUACAUAUACAGGAAAAAUAUAACCAGGAAAAUGGAGAAGGAUUACAGGCAAGUGCCCACGAGUGAAAUACACCCGUUUUCAAUCGAAGAUGGCAACGGAAACGUUCACGUUUCGGUUAUGCACGUUGGCACCUCUACCAAUCGAAAAUUCCUGUACAUUACGGCUAUAAUCGUCAACCUGGUCUCAUUCGUGUGCGGAACGAGUCUAGGAUGGACCUCCCCGGAGAUUCCUCUACUAAAGAACCUAACCAACAGUCCUUUGGAUCACGUAAUGUCGGCCUCCGAAGAGGGCUGGGUGGGAUCCUUCCUUCCCCUAGCCGCAGCAAUAGGACCUUUAGGCGCCGCCAUUCUAGCCGAUCAAUUAGGCAGAAAGAAAUCCCUACUAAUCAGCGCUCUGCCCUUCAUCGCCGCCUUCGUCAUCAACUCCUUCGCCACGAACGUCUGGAUGUUCUACCUCAGCAGGUUCCUCUGCGGCCUCUCCAUUGGACUGGUCUUCACCGUUCUACCGAUGUACAUCGGAGAAAUAUCCGACGACGAAGUCAGAGGCUCGCUGGGCUCGUUCAUGCAGCUCUUCAUCGUCAUCGGGCUGCUCUUCUCCUACGCCCUCGGUCCCUAUUUACCCGUUACGACCUUCAAUAUAAUCCUGGUAGUACCACCCGUCGUUUUCUUGUUGCUCUUUUCCAUAUUCAUCCCGGAAACGCCGUAUUAUUUGAUAAAAAGCGGCCGCGACGACGACGCCCUGCGGGCGCUCCUCCAGCUGCGCGGCAACGAACAAAGCCUCGCCCAAAAGGAACUGGAAGUCAUCAAAGUACAAGUCGAAGUGGACCAAAGCAACAAAGCCACGUUCGUGGACAUCUUCAAAAGCAAAUCGACCAAAACGGCGUUGUUUAUAUCGCUGAACCUGGUGGCGUGGCAACAAUUCUCCGGCAUCAACAUCGUGCUGUUCUACACGCAGAGCAUCUUCACCGACGCCGGUGUGCCCCUGGCGCCGGAAAUUUGCACCAUCCUCACCGGCGUGCUGCAGAUCAUCGCCAGCGCUCUCACGCCCCUGCUAGUCGAACGGUUAGGCAAAAGGAUAUUGCUGAUGCAAUCCGGCAUAGGCAUGGGCGUCUCCCAAGGAGCCCUCGCUCUAUUCUUCUACCUCAAAGACGACAGGGGUUCGGACGUAUCGAGCAUCGGCUGGCUGCCCAUCCUGUGCCUGGCCGUGUUCAUCGUCACCUAUUGCUUGGGUUUCGGGCCGCUGGCGUGGGCCGUAAUGGGCGAAUUGUUCCCCGGCAACGUGAAAUCGACGGCCUCGUCGGCGACGGCGUCCUUCUGCUGGGUGCUGGGAUUCUUCAUCACGAACUACUUCGGGCUGGUGUCGGAGGCGGUGGGGAAGUCGGGCUCGUUCGGCCUGUUCGCCGGCUGUUGUUUUCUGUCGUUCGGGUUCGUGUACAAGUACCUGCCGGAGACGGCAGGCAGGAGUUUCGCGGAGAUCCAGGAGUUGCUCGGGGGUCAGAGGAAGAUGUGAGGAAAAAUGUGCUCUGUAACCGAGGACAGCUUUUUUGGAGAAUUUUAUUUGCUGAUUGGCAUCUAAUGGAACGAUAUGAUGAUUCGUUGUUUUCGAGUGCUCUCGAUCGGCGAUUUUUAUUAUCGAUUAUUUAAUAAUUCAAUGUUGUUUUUUAAGCGAUUAUAUUUUGUACUAAUCGUUGUAUUAUCGAUAUAAGUUUUUUGACUAUUUUUAAAAAUGCAAUGUAUCUGUAACAAUGUAAAAUGUGUAGGUAGUAUAAAAAUGUUAAAACUGUGCGAUUAAUUCAUUAGCGUAACAAGACUGGAAUUAUUUCAUUAAGCGAUUACAUGCAGUGUAAUCGGGUAAUUUACGCUACUUAAAAAAAAAUUAAUACAUAUGAGGCGAUAAUUAGGAAAGUUUUAGUUUUCCAAGUAUUAUUUAUCUACUGCAAUAUUAUUUGGGUUUUCCAAAUCAAACUUAUCACCAGAAAAUUUGACACUUCAGACAAAAAC